AUGGAAGAGAAACAUGGUUCAAGUGUCUUGGAUGAUGAGGAAGUAGAAGAUUCCGAAAAUAUAAUAAUAAACGAAAUUGAUGGGCUACCAAAUUUGCAUCCUAAUUAUCAACAAUUAGAAUUAGAAUUCGAUGUUGAAAAAGGCCAUAGAGAGGCGAACACAAGAUCUAUAGAAGAUUUGGUGUACGAUGAAGAUUUACCAACAUCUGUUAUUGUAACCAAUGUGGAUCCUCGAGUAUUUAAAAGUGAUGAAUUAAAGCACGAAAUGGAAGAUUUAUUUAAGCAAUUUGGAGAGGAUGCUACUUUUCAGUAUUUUAGAUCAUUUAGAAGAAUGAGAGUAAACUACACUUCUCCGAAUGCAGCUGCAAAUGCUAGGAUACAGCUACACCAAAUUCAUUUUGGUGACACCGACAUCAAUUGUUACUUUGCGCAACCUGUCACCCCAAUAGCUACUGAAGACCAGCAUCUUCAACCACCAGCACUUACCAAACAGUUCCUAAUUUCACCACCUGCUUCACCACCUGUUGGUUGGGAGCCUAGGGAGGAAAACGAACCUUUAGUUAAUCAUGAUUUAUUAGCAGCUAUAGCAAACUUAUCUGCAGGAGGUAGUCAUGAAUUGCAUCCCGGAGGUUCAGGACAGCCUGGAAUAGUUGUUCAUGUUUGUGAAACGGCGAAUACUGCAAAAAAUGCCCCACGCAUACAACAUACACGUUGUCCAGAACAUUCGUAAAUAGCAUUGCUAGAGAUAUUGUCCAUUCUACGACAAUGAAUUAUUUAUCCAU